AUUAAUCUGUCUGUAAAACAAUGCCGAAAUCUACCGCACCGCACGUGAGCCUCCACCUCCCGCCUGGCCUCUCGUCCUUUUCAGACGUUUGCGUGGAGUCCGAUGUCAUCACAGACUCGGAAGCUCCUCGCCCACUCAAUCGAUUGCGCUUGAAUGUGAAAUGCCCGCUGUUCCCUACGAAGCGUAUGAGAGUUCAAGAAGGGCAGUCCAGUCCAAAGAGUCCUGCUGGCAAAUCUUUUGACGCAUCGGGGUCUUCAUCAGCUUCAUCAACUCUAUCCCAUUUCUUUUCAAUUGAUGCAUUGAAGAAUUCCCUGCGAUUGGGCAAGCGACGUGCUACUCAGCGCUCCCAAUUAGACGGUGUCGAGCCAGAUACCCGACUUCGAGCGGCUGCCUCCCCAGAGCCACGAGAGCGCACCCCCAGCAGCUUGAAUGCUGUAUAUGACUGCGAACCGGGGCAGUCAGUGAUUAUAAAGGAUAUCCCUUUCGUUGCCGAGGUUUCUGAACCAGUCAGGGGAUGGAGGAAACUGCCUCCCAGGUUACCAAUUCCCAAGUGGGAUAUCGAUGAUUGAGUCACGCUGCCGCCGAGUACAUGUCCAUCCAUGUAGUUUUAUUAUUAAUACAUGUUGUAUUACUGUACGAUAUCAAUACAUACCCGGUUCCAGAUGACAGAAA